UCUCUGAAAGUCAUCUAAAAUUAGGGCAAAAUUUAUCUCCUCCCUCUCCCUCGAAGCCAGCCGCCGUCGCCCAGUCGCAAGUUGCAGUCGCCGUAGUCCAUCGCCGCUGUCCAGUCGCCGUGAGUACGCCGUGGGUCUCUUCGUUCGUGAGUUUGCCGUUUUCGGUUCAGAUCUAUAAGAAGGUCACUUCGUUCGUGAAUUCACCGUUGCCGUUUUCGAUUAUUGGUGAGCCAAAAAUUUUGCGGGCUCGCAUAGGCGGUGGCGGCAACGAUCCGAUUCCUAUUCCGAAACUUUGAUUUCUUCUUAACAAAACCAUUGUGCCGGUUGUGGAAAAUUUUGGAGGAAGGUUAGAGACAUGGCGUUGAAGUUUCUGAACAAGAAAGGAUGGCACACCGGUAGUCUCCGGAACAUAGAAAACGUGUGGAAGGCGGAGCAAAAGCACGAGGCUGAGCAGAAGAAGUUGGACGAGCUUCGAAAGCAGAUCCAGGAGGAGAAAGAGCGCCAAGAGUUUCGUCUUCUUCAAGAACAGGCCGGACUUGUUCCGAAGCAAGAGAGAUUGGAUUUUCUUUAUGAGUCGGGUUUGGCAGUCGGGAAAGGUAGUAGUUCUGAUGGAUUUAAGAGUCUCGAAACCCUGCCAAGUACAUCUGCUAUUGUGGCCACCACUGAACCAUCUAGCUCCAAGGAAGCUGCUGCUCCCGGAGCUUUGUUUGAGAACAAGCCUCAUUCUGCCAAUGAUUCAUGGAGGAAGCUCCAUUCUGAUCCUUUGCUUAUCAUUCGGCAGCGUGAGCAAGAAGCUCUUGCACGUGUAAAGAAUAACCCCAUUCAGAUGGCUAUGAUUCGCAAAACUGUUAAAGUGGAAAAACACAAGGAAAAGAAUCCUGAUGACAAAAGAAAACGAAAGAAGCACAACCAUAGUAAAUCCAAACGUCAUAAAGAUUUUUCUUCCGAAAGAGAUUAUGAUUCUGAAAACGCCAGCCCUGAGAGGCAGAGGAGACAUGAUCGUGACAAAAGUUCAAAACACGAUCAUUUUUAUUCAGAAGAUAGAAGGAGCAAAACUGAUUUUAAGAAUGAGAGGGUUCAUGACAGAGGCUCGAAAUAUGCUGCACAUUCGACUGAUCAGUCAGAUCGAAAGACGUCCAAAACCAGUACUCAUGGUUCUGCAGAGAGACAUCAUGACAGAUCAAAGAGAGAGAGAGAUUCUUAUGCUAGCAGUGAAAAGAACAGCAGAAGAGUAGGGGAAUUGAGAUCUUAUGAAUCUAAUUCUUCUGAAACUCCUCACGAGUCACGCCAUAAGCAUCGUAGGACCAUUAAUAAGCUUUCAGAAGAAGAGCGUGCAGCUAGGCUGCGGGAGAUGCAGCAGGAUGCUGAGUUACACGAUGAGCAAAGAUGGAGGCGUUUGAAGAAGGCAGCUGAGGAUGAUGCCCUAGAAGCCAAACAAGCUGCAGAGCCAUCAGGCAAAAAUUUCUUGGAUGCUGCUCAGAAACGAAUGUAUGGUGCUGAGAAGGGAGGAAGCUCAACAAUCGAGGAGAGUAUUCGCCGUAGGACGUACUAUUCACAGGGUAAAUCUGAAAUUGAAGCCAAUGCUUUUCGAAGGUGAUGAACAUUACUUGUAUACUUCGCUCAUGGUUAUUGUAUAGUAUCUUGUUUUCAGUGUGUUGCCGUUGACUCAAUGAAGAAUCAUAUUAAAAAAAAAAAUCAAUCAAUGUGAUCCGAGUCUGUGUUGACAAAAUUUAUAUACGGUUGUUUAAAUUGUUGUAGUUUGUAUUGGUAUUGAUAUUGAUUCUCUGCCUCUUCUAACACAUGGAGGUUAGGACCUUUUAAGAUGUCAUUUUAUAUUUGUAUAUAUUUCAUUUAUUGAAUGAAAUGGUUUGUAUCAGUGCUGCACCAUAUAAAAA